CGGCGGCACUUCAUUCUUGGAGAAUGUCGUCAACUUUGGGCGUUUCGGCCCUUGUUGGUAGUGCAGAUCCGAAUUCUUACUUUCCUGGUCUGUUAAGACACCACAGUUCUGAUUGCGUUACAGAAAGAGUCGGUUAUCGGGAGACUCCUUACAACUCAGUAAAUGUCUCAUCCACUCUUGAUCUAUCACAUAGUCCAUUAAUUUCGCAUCCAUCUUCUAAAGAUCCUCUUCCUACUUGUGCUGGAUGCAGACAAAACAUUACAGAUCAAUAUCUUUAUCGUAUUCAAGGUUUAGCUUGGCACGAAUCGUGCGCAAUCUGUUCAGUGUGUUCAGUUGAACUCGUAGAAGUAUGUUUUAUCGUCAACAAAAAUGAACUAUUGUGUCACCGAGACUAUGACCGGCUUUAUGCAACCAAAUGUGGAAAUUGUCGACAACCAAUGCGAAGCCAUGAGUUAUUUAUGCGUGCAAAACAUUCCACUUCUGUUAAAAAUCCACUUAAUUCUACAUUAUCCUCUUUAAGUCAGGAAUUAAUAUUUCACGUCUCCUGUUUUACAUGUUGCAUUUGUCAACAACCAAUAGCAGCUGGCGAAGCCUACAUUAUUGAUCCUGUUACUUGUCGACCUAUGUGUCAUUCCGAUUUUAUGACUAAACAACAGAGACAGCAAUCACCAAUGCUGCCACAACGACCUAAUCAUCAUCAAACUUCAACUUUAUCUACUACUGUUUAUCCUGUCCGAAUAAAUAAUCGUCAAUCAUCCGAUCUCAAAUCCUCCACAUCAUCGUCAUCAUCUCCUAGAAAUUGGCGACAGUAUGAUGAAAACACUGAACAUAUUCAUCAAUCUUCAUCAAAUUAUUGUUUAUCUAAUCGACAAAAUGAAUGUGAUGAUAUUGAAUUAACAAGUCAUAGAAAUGAUUGGCCAACAAUGGCUAAUCAAGAUUUAGAUCAAAGUUAUCAAUCAGUUAGUAGUGGAGGAUUUAGUUUAAAUCGACGUAUACGAACUUCACUUACUGACGAACAGCGUUACCGAUUGCAGGAGGCAUACGAAUCAAAUAUUCGUCCGUCAAAAAGUAUACGUGAAGCCUUAGCCUCUGAGUUAGGUGUACCUAUGCGUGUUGUUCAAGUGUGGUUUCAAAAUCAACGUGCACGUGACAAACGAGCCUCUACUUUUGGUCAUCUAAAUCCUAACUCUGACAAAUCAUCAGUUUCUCAUAUGAAUACUAUUAACCCUCAUCAAUUUGAUGGUCAUCAAUUGCAUUUGCAGGAGCAACAACGAAAUCAUUGUAACAAACAACAAUCUUCAGAUUUAUGCCCGUUUACUCCAUCUCCACACACCUCGGUUGAAAGUGGUCCUUUUCCUGAAUUCGGUGGAUUUUCCUCUGACAAUCUAGUACGCUACGUUCCCGAUAUUAAUAUGCACAAUGAUUCUGCUGACGUGCAAUCUUGGAGAUCUGUAUCACAUGCUGUGUGGCUUGUAGAAAACGGAAAUGAAAAUUCAACUAUCAGAUGAUGAUGAUGAUGCUGUCUUCUUUGUCGUCGUAUAUGUAGAAUAAUGAUGAUUAAAUUAUAUUUAAAUUGUGAAUAAAUACAUAGAUAUAUCAUCAGAACUAUUCUAAUUCAUUUUUAAACUUUCAUUGUAGUCAUUUUUCUAUGUAUUCUUUGUUGAACUUUCUCCUGUCCAGACAAUAUAUAUACUAUAAACUUCUGCAGAUUACAUGUAUGAUGACUUUAUCUCAUCUUUUCGUUCAUUCAUCAUCAUGCUUCAUUUGGAAGCUUUUUCUUCUGAGUUCAUGCAUAUACACUUAUGAAAGAUAAAAGAGAAGUUAUCUGUGAUUAUUUUCAACUAUCAUUAUCAAAGUAAUACUAGAAUUAAUGUAAUAUACUUCCCAUAAUGCUUAAUAGUCAUUUAGUGGACAAUAAUGCAUUUCAAUGAAAACUAUUAUCUUACUUAAAAGAAAUGUGAUGUAUAUGUGUAUGCUUGUAAGUGAAUCUUCUUUGUAUAUUUUUUUCUCUCUGAACAAAUAAAUGUAAAUACAUCUUGCUUUUCUUGCCCCUUUUUUUCUUCAUCUAUUGUGCCUGUUCAUUAUGUUUACCGCGACCAUUCGUAUUUAUCCAUCUUAUGCUUCUUCUUUUUUUUACCUAACAAGUAUCUUCAUUCUUAGACAGUAUAUGCUUCUAAAUGUCAUCCAGUAUGUCUUGUAAAUUGACAUUUAUUAACAAUUUUGUUCCUUCCUAGUAUUCUAUUGUCGUUAUUAUUAUGUUUGCAUUUGCUCUCAGGUUUCUCCACCUUGUUCUCUACCCUGACAUAAUUAAUGCGAAACAUUUCAAAUGCGUUUUUCCUCUCUAGUAUUUAAAGAAAAAAAAAGUGGAAUUUCUCUACUCUCUCUUUGUAUAAUACCGUUUUACGCUUGAGCGUAUAUAGUCUUACGAUUAAUUGUGUGUUUUUUUCUAAAGAAUGAAUUUUGUAAAUUUCUGCAGUAAUAGUUUUUUUUUAAAAAAAUAAAAGAAAAUACAAUCAAACACAUUUCGUUUCAAUCUUUAUUCGUUUGUCUGUUUUUAUUCAUAAUUCAAUGUGAGGUAUAUUUUCUUACAAAUAGUAAUGCAUUUCUGUCUAUAUUAAAUGUUACUUUAAAUUAGUUUGUGUUUUCUUUGUUGCUCCCCUUCUUUUUUUUGAAUUUCCCUACUUAUUAUGCAUGUAUUUGUACUUUUUCCUUAUUUUCAUCUGAACACAUUUUUUUGGUUGAAAUUCUGAUUACUAGUAUUUUACAAUUUGUUUUCUGUUUGUAAAAGUUCCCCCAAAACUAUUAUUAGUUUAUUGGAUAAAAUGUUAUGAUUGUGUGUUCUUGUUUAUAUACUAUUAAUAAUACUUAAUAUCACAUUAAUUCUGAUGAUAAAAAUUUCAGUCUUGACAAGUGUGUGUGCUGUUUGUCUAUUCUUUAACAUUUAAUUAUAUAAAUAUAGAUAUAAGAAAAGCGGUCACUAUGCAUGUAUGUAUAUUUGUCUAAUUUUGUUAAUAACGUUUAUUUCUCAUUGAAUUUCAUGAAAAUAUUGUUUGUUGUUGUUGUUGCUGAUACAUUUGAUCUCAUCUUGACCUCUUUCUUUUUUCUUGUCACAAUUAUUAUUACUGUCAUAGUUCUUUACAUGAAUACUACUUAAUGAGUGAAAACAAUAUGCAGGUAAACAUAUAUCAAGUGUAAAUGAACAGUUUAACCUUUGUACAUAUGUGUAUCACACAUAUAUUUGUCUAAACAAUGAAUUUAAGAAGUUAAUUAGAUAAUUAUGAAUAAAAGCACAAAACGUGAUCAUGUUUCAUAAUUGUUGUUAUUGUUAAGCUCCCUUCAUUCUAUGUCUUUAUAGUGUAUAUUUUAUGACUAAUCAAUUUGAAUAACAUUUGGGAUCUGUUCUCUCUUAUCUUCUAGUACGGUUGCUUCUGUUUGUUUUAUGCUAUUAUUUUUGUUUUUAGUUGUGUUAUUGUAUGCGCCUUUUGUACAUGACAAA